UCCUCUGAAAGCCCUGGCGAGCCGAGCAGACAUAUUGAGACUAGAGACACACGGGGAUGGCCGCCUGCGCCGCCACCGCUUCGCUCCAAACGUAGCGCUCGCUCACCAUGGUCGGAAGGUACCUCUCCUCAGAGCUGCCCCCACAGAGUGGCCCGGGAGCCCAUUAUGAGAAUCCCCACUGGGGACACCAGCCAGCCAAUCGGAGUGCCACUUCUGCCUCAGUGUCGGCCAAUCACAGUGGCUGGGAUACAGUGAUCAUCGACGAGAGCGACACCGAGGCCUGGCCCUCCAUUUCCCGCAGCAGCCAGAGCCAGGGCCCUGCAGGAGGAUGCCCCUCGGACACUGACCCGGCCAGCAGCAGCAGCAGUAUGAGCAUGGCCACGGGGGCCAACGGCCAGACAGGCCACUUUCCUGCCAACUACCCCAGCAGCAAAGGAGCCAGCUCUGGGCCCGGCAGCUCAGCCAAUCACCCCGGGGCAGGCACGGUCGGCAUGGCCUCCAGCCAAGGAGCAGCCAAUCGGGGCUGGGGAUCUGGUCCCGGUCCGUCCCCCCAUGGCCCUCCUCAGUCCUCCUCUGUCGGGGGUGGGGAGGGGAAGACUGAUGGCCCAAUGGGAGGAGGAGGAGGCAGGGGUUGGUGCUCCUCUUCCUCCACCACCUCCAACUUGAACCUGAACCCCAAUGCCAACCCCUCGGCCUGGCCCGUUCUGGGGCACGACGGGGGCGGAGGAGCGGGGGCAAGCAGCUCAGGGGGAGCCAACCCCAAUCAACCCCCUUCUUCUCAACCCCCUCCAAACCUCUGCGACCCGCCAGGCACCUCUCACGCCCAGGGGAACGGCAUCAGAGGAGGAAACAUGGUGGGCGGCACCAACGGCAACCUUCCGGUUGGGGGAGGCAGCACCUGGGGAGAAUCAUCUGAGCCACACCCAUCCUCAUCCACGAAUGUGUCUUUCAGCUCAGAACCUCAGAACCUUAACACUGACGGACCAAAUCAUACUAGCAAGCAACAGGAGCCCCCUAUCCACAGCGUGUCCGGCUGGAGUGGCCCCUCCGGAGGUAUGGGCUCCCUGGGCCAGCCUCCUCCUGGAGCUUCCCAGCUGGUCAAUGGAGAGGAUGGCAGCUCCGUCUGGGGCAACAAUGGAGACUCCAAGUCAGUCGCCUCCUCCGCGGAGCCUUCGGGCUGGGACUCUGGGGCCGGGGGCUGGGGGAGCCAUGGAAGCAGUGGUGGUGGAACCUCUGGAGGCUGGGGAGGCCAGAGCAGCAGAGACGCCUGGGGGAAGCAGCAUUCUGGCGAGGUCCAGGGGGGCUGGGACGCCCCCAGCUCUCCUCCCCAGCAGGCCAGAUCCUGGAGCACCCGAGCCCCAAGCACCACGGCGGCCAGCGAGGGCAGUAGCGAGGGCAUGGAUGGAGCGGGACACUCCCUCCGACAGGACCGGUCAUCCAGGGAUGAGCCUGCCCCCCUACUCCCAGCCCCUGACCUGGACCCCAGGGUGCUGUGCAACACAGGCUGGGGCCAGACCCCCGUCCGCCAGCACACGUCCUGGGACAUGGAGGAGGCGGCACGCACCCAACGAAAGGCAGAUGCUGCCGGGACGGACUCUUGGGGAGGCUCAGGCCCCAACACUUCCACCGAGCCAGCCCAAGGGCCCUCUAACUCCAGCCACGGCCCCCCUCAUCGGGUUGACCCCAAGAGCGAGGGUCCCGGGCCUGGUCCUCAGGCUGCCCCUGGCUGGGGUGGUUCCAAGCCUCCAGCCAGCCAACCAGGCUCUGGCUGGGGUGAGCCACCGAGCAGCAAGAAUCCCCCCAACGGUCCUGGGGGCUGGGGGAACCCCCCACCAGGAUGCCCCGGGUCAGGCCCCAACAUGCCCAAAGCUGGGAGCCAGUCCUGGGGUGCUCCAGAGGAGAAGUCCCCAAGCUGGGAUGGUUCCCACGGCAAGGCCCCCAAGCCCCAGGGCUGGGGAGAUGGGCCCAAGCCGCCCCACAGCGGCUGGGCCAACAGCGCUGGAGGAGGGGGCAAUGGAGGAGGGGGGGACUGGAGAGAGUCUGCAGAUGGCAAGAAGAACAGUCCCACCACCAACCCUCCCUGGGAGGGAGAAGGAGCAGGAGGCUGGAAAGAGAGCAACCGAGGCUGGGGAAAACCUGGUCCGGGGAUGGGGGGAAAUGUUGGUGGAGGCUGGGGAGAGCCAGCGAUGGCCCAGCAGCGCCCAAGUUGCCCUGCCCAAGGAUGGGGUGGCAAGCCCCAGGAGAGCUCCAACGGCAAUAGCGGAGGAGUUAGAGGGAGCAUGGGCGGGGCAGGAGGUGGAGAAGGGAGCAUGGGAUCCUGGGGAGGCCCUGGCCCCGUGAAGCCCAGUGUAUCAGGCCGGGAGGGCAACGGGGGAGGAGGAGGGAGCAAGCAGGACCCCUCAGGAGGAGAGCCCACAGGGUGGGAGGAACCUUCCCCACCCUCCAUCCGACGCAAGAUGGAGAUUGACGAUGGCACCUCUGCUUGGGGCGACCCGGGUGCCUACAACAAGACGGUCAACCUCUGGGACAAGAACAACCCUGCGGGAGGAGGGCCACCCCAAGGUAGACCCCCAGGGAACGCCCCCGCAUGCCCCCCUGGAAACAACAACAACAACCACCCACCACAUCACACCUACCACGGCCCCCCACCACCCCUCCAGAGCCAUGGGGGCCACAACCCCCAGGGCCCAGGCCAGAACAGUGGGCCCAUGGACACAGCCAUGCCUCACCAGACUGCGCCUCCACCACACAGCAGACCACCCCUCAUGGGUCCAGGCUGGGGGGAGCCUUCCAGUGCCCACCCCAAACCAGAGCCCUCCUGGGGGGAGCCUGCUCCCCCUCUGGUCAGCGUGGACAACGGGACCUCCGCAUGGGGAAAACCCACCGGAAGCCAUGGGGGCUGGGGUGUAGGUGACAACAGCCCUGAACCCUACAGACGGGGCAACCCACCCCUUGGAUCUGCACCUUGCAAACCAGCCCCCAAAUCUAUGCAAGACGGCUGGGGUGGCGGGGAGGACAUGGGUUUGUCUGGGGGCCAGUGGGACCCUGACGACGGGGACAUGUGGAGCAGCCAGGCCUCCCAGGAGAGCAACUCCUGGGGCAACAGAACCAGGAAGGCCCCACCCAAGGGGAAGAUUCCAGGCAAGCAGGAGGAAGCCUGGAUCAUGAAUCGCCUGAUCAAGCAGCUGACAGACAUGGGCUUCCCUAGAGAUCCAGCCGAGGAGGCUCUGAAGAGGAACAACAUGAACCUGGACCAGGCCAUGAGUGCUCUGUUGGAGAAGAAGACUGAGCUGGACAGGCGGGGGAUGGGCAUGUCCGACUACAACAACUGUCUGAUCAACAAGGGGCCAAUGGGCUGCCGGCCUCCCCUCCACUCCAAAGAGUCCUCCUCAGAUCGCUCCCCUUUCCUCGACAAGGACGGUGUUGGUAGCCUGGUGGAGGACGUCCAUACCUCCUCACCGUUUAUGCCUUGUUCCCCCGGCCCCCUCGGUCUGAAACUCCCCUCCCUGCCUCUAUCCAGCCAGGGCCUGGGCGGCCCACAGGGCCUAGCCAUGCAAAACUUGAACAACAGACAGAUGCAGAGUGGAAUGUUGGGCUGUAGCGGUGCAGCACAAGCCCGGGCCAUGCAGCAGCCUCCUCCUCAACCGCCAGUGCCGCCUCUCGGCUCCUCCCAGCCUAGUCUACGCGCUCAAGUGCCUCAGUUUCUCUCCCCUCAGGUUCAAGCACAGCUCUUACAGUUUGCAGCAAAAAACAUUGGUCUGAAUCCUGCACUUUUAACCUCACCAAUAAACCCUCAACAUAUGACCCUUUUGAACCAACUAUACCAGCUGCAACUGGCGUACCAGCGUUUACAAAUUCAACAGCAGAUGUUGCAGGCGCAGCGUAAUGUUUCUGGUCCCAUCCGACAGCAGGAGCAGCACGUUGCACGUACAAUCAAUAACAUGCAGCAGCAGAUCCAACAGCACCAGAGACAGCUGGCCCAGGCCCUGCUGAUGAAGCAGCAGCAGACCCUCGGCUCCCUCUCCUCCUCUGGCCUGCACCACGGCCAAGGCAAAUCAGCCCUGGACUUGUUCCCAGGCCACCCCCAGGCUCCGGGCCUACCCGACCUGCAGACCAAAGAGCAGCAGUCGUCCCCCAACUCCUACAGCCCCUACCCUCUCUCUGGACUGAAUCCUAACAUGAAUGUAACCUGCAUAGAGGUGGGAGGCCUGUCCAUGAAGGAGCUUCCCCAGCCCCAGUCUCGCCUCUCCCAGUGGACACACCCCAACUCCAUGGACAGCCUCUCUGGAGGCUCAUCCUCUCUGGAGCCCAACCUGAACAAGCACGGUUCCAACCUGGGCCCCCCUGGGAAGCCCCCCCAAAUGGAGGAUGGGUACAGCCCCUACGGCAUGAUGCCUGUCUCCGAGUCCCCCACCAACCCCCUGGUGCCCCCAGACAGCUGGAGCCAGGGCAAGAGCCCCAACGACAAGAUGGUCAAUGGCGCCAACAUCACCUGGCCUCCAGAGUUCUGCCCGGGCGUGCCCUGGAAGGGCCUGCAAAACAUCGACCCGGAGAACGACCCCAACAUGACCCCGGGGAGCGUGCCCAGCGGCCCCACCAUCAACACCAACAUCCAGGACGUCAACCGCUACCUGCAGAGAGACCGCAGCGGAGGCUCCUCCCCCACCUCAUCUCAGAACGAGGCCCUGCCCCCCUCCACCGAUUGGCCAGUCAGUGCCUACUCUAGCUCGUUCAGUCUGUCGUCCCCGGAAACGGACGACCCAGGUAAAUUAUCGGACAUGAAGUCCACCUGGUCCCCGGGGCCCAUCUCCCACCCCUCCCAGGUCUCUCUGUCCCAUGAGUUGUGGAAGGUCCCCCAGGGGCCCCGCAGUAACACAGCCGCCCCCACACGGCCCCCCCCGGGCCUCACCAACCCCACCAAGCACUCCUCCACCUGGGGAGGCAACUCCCUGGGCCUGGCCCAAGGCUGGAGCAGCUCCUACUCCUCAGCAGCUACCACAUGGAGUACAGACAGCUCCAACAGGACCAGUAGCUGGUUGGUCCUGAGGAACCUCACUCCCCAGAUAGACGGCUCCACCCUGCGGACGCUAUGCAUGCAGCACGGCCCCCUCAUCACAUUCCACCUCAACCUGACCCAGGGCAACGCAUUGGUGCGCUACAGCUCCAAGGAGGAGGCCGCCAAGGCCCAGAAGUCCCUGCACAUGUGCGUUCUGGGUAACACCACCAUCCUGGCAGAGUUUGCUGGUGAGGAAGACGUCCAGCGCUUCUUUGCACAGGGCCAGCAGCUAGCCUCAACUACCAGCUGGCAGGCUGACCCAGGUGUCAAUCAGACGCGGAUGGGUGGUUCCGGGCCCAGAUCCUCGCACCCCAUUGGCCACCCCCACUGGAACUCUGGCGGUGGUGGCAUGGGAGGAGGUGGAGCCAAGACGGGCGGAGAUCUGCUCUGGGGGGGCGUGCCCCAGUACUCCAGCCUAUGGGGACCGCCCAGCGGAGAGGAGGGGCGGGUCAUGGGGAGUCCUACUCCAAUCAACACGCUGCUGCCUGGGGACCUGCUGAGCGGGGAGUCCAUGUAGGACCACGUCACAGAGCUCCAUGCUAGAAAAAGGAAGAAUGGAAUACUACACAGGAAUACUACACAGUACUACAUAUAUACAUGUAUACAAACAGAAGAGCAAAAACCAAGCAAAUCAAUGUGGUGAUAAUCAGUGUGGGUGGGAUGAUCGAGGGACAGACUUGAGGAGGACGAGGUGACUCUUCUGUGUCCACGCUGCUCACCCUCUUCCAAUUUUUCUGUUUGUUUAAAAAAAAAACAUUUCAUUUUAGAUUUGUUCGGUGAGAGGCUCUGGUUACAGUGUUUUACGUUUGGACUUUCGGAAAAGCACGAGUAUGCCUUUGACUCAACCAACAAAGGAAGAGAAACUUUUGAACUUUACUCUGAGAACUAUUUGUCAUGUGAAACGUGUGUUUUAGACUAACUGCUUCAAACAACGAGCUGCCAUCUUCAAAACUCCCAUAAUCCCUUGCUGCCUGGCAGCAAUCCACACCUCAGAGAAACCAUAGAUACACGUCAUUCCCAAAGCCCAUCCCCUUCCUGUCGGGAAGGUUCCAGAACUUUCUACCAGUCCGGAAUUUCUCUUGUUUGUUUUUUCUCAGCACUAAUUACUAGCCUUAACCUCCCCCUGGCCUCGUUCCCCUCCUUUAUUCACUGAUUCUCACUCACUCUGUACUUACUGAAGAAAACGUACUGAGAAUUGCACACUCAUUUCUGAGCCAGCGAAAACGUGCUUGUAAGAGACUGAGGCCACAGCAGCUCUCAACUGGAAUCGUCGGCGGUCACAAGCAUAUUAUUCAGUCCCCACCACUCUUAAAGGGAUUGAUGAUGCAAAAGAUCUUCGCCUUGUUCAUUUUAAAGCCAUUUUUGUCAUGGAGGAGUUUUGUUUCCCCGAACCAUUCGCAAAAUAAGCCAAGAGAAAUAUGACUCCAGUGUGGUAAUAUUUCCGGGGGCGUUGUGUGUUUACGUGUGUGUAUGACCGUGUGUUUACGUGUGUUUACGUGUGUUUACGUGUGUUUACGUGUGUGUAUGACCGUCUGGUUGAAGUCUAGUAACCACUGCUCUAUGGAACUGUAACAAAACACUUGUUUUGAAAUGCACCUCAACUCGUUUAAGGACGAACUUGUGGUCUGGUUCCCCCCCCUUUCUGUGACUGUGGAAGACCUCAGUCGUUACCGUGGUCCACUAAUCUCUCCUUUACACCAACACACCAUUUCAAGUGACGUGCAAUAUAAGCCACAGACUACUCUCACCUACCGUCCACACCAAGUACUCAAAGGGUUUCUCUCACAAACCUCUUUCAAGAGCAGAGACAGAAUCAGCAAGGACUCUCUAUAUCCAUGUCCCCUGGGUGUGUGAACAAGCACUUGUUAUUCAGUCUUGGACUGGAUCUUUCUAAUCCAGCCUCACAGUGACGGACUAGAGGGGCACAGGGGUAAGGAAGGGGGUUUAUGGGGCAUUAUACCAAAAUGAGACUUCCUUAUCUACCCACAAGACGAAACCAUGCAUUUUUUUCUUUCCAUUGUUGUAUUUGGUACAAAAAAGUAUGGAACAAAUAUAUAACUGCUUUAUAAAAAGAGGUGGUUUAUCAUAGCACUUAGCAAAGAGCGUCAAGCUCCUUCACUUCAAUGCCAACGAAUCAGAAGAGGAGAAGCGUGUGACACUGAAAAACAUGAGGGAAAAAACAACAACAAAAAAACAAGCAAUCUACUACAACGUGGCUUCUGUGUAACUCUUUAUGAACCGUAACACAGAUGUGAAACUAUUUUCAUUUGAAACCUUCCCUUUCUCGCUGUCUGUGUUGUGGUACCAGGAACCUUUCUGAAAUGGGAGCAAAAUGAAGGGAUGGAAAGGAAAGAAAGAAUGAAAGACUUUGGGCACUAUCGGGUGUGAGACCCCGAAGCACUCGCCUGUUUUCCCUUUCACUCUAUCAAAGUAAAUAUCACUGUUACAUGACUGAAAAUCUUUAGCCUUGUUGUCUGGAGACGCAACUAGAUGCUGCGGCAAUGUUCUGGAGAUGGAUUCUGCAGGGGGAUCGCCAUUUUCUCUCUGUCUCUCAACCUUUUUCACAAGCUCUGCCAACCUGUUUGAUCGUGUGGCCAUUGAGUGCCUGCCUGCUGCGGAGGGGGUGGACUUCAUAGAAGCUCCACACCAGGCCUCUGCAGCAGCUCUCACCCCACCUUCCCUUCUCCAUCCCUAGGGAGCCUCACAGACUGGUUCCCCCAGGGACCUCCCGGGCCUCUGGUGCCCAAGAGCAGCUGUUAGAACUGUCCGAUUCGUAUUAACUACUACUACUGCGCCAGCUUCUGUUGUUCAUCACCUCCACUCUAUUCCUCUCUCUAUCCCUCUGUUCAUCACCUCCACUCUAUUCCUCUCUCUAUCCCUCUCUCUGUUGUUCAUCACCUCCACUCUAUUCCUCUC